AUGACCGAAGAAGAGGAGCGCGUUAAAGCUGAGAAGCUGGCAGCAGCCAAGAAAAGGGUGGCUCAGCUCCAGAAAAAGAAGAAGGCCAAGAAGGCCUCCACCACUGAAACAGACGCACCCAAGGAGCCCGAACCAACAGAGUCAUCAGUAGAGCCAUCCACAGAGGCUGAACCCACCGAAGAUGCUCCCGCCCCAGAAACACCACCGGCAGACGCCCCCGCGGAGGCAGACAAGCAGGAUGAACUAGUCGUUGAAUCCGAGCCCGCAGGAACCGAGCAGCCCAAGGGAGCAGAGGAGCCGCAAAUGGAGCAGACUAACGAUACACUGGUCGAGUCUCCGCUCGAACCGAUGCCCCCAGCGCCCACAUCUCCUGGCCCGGACGCUGAGCCAUUACCGAAGCUCGAUACACCCCGCGCCAACCAUGGCCGACAGCCAUCUCUAUCGAUCCAAUCUAAGAUGCGCUCAUCCUCCUUUCGCAAAACAUCAGUUUCGCAAGGCAGUGUCUCCCCCUCUCCAUCCUCUACGCUCAAGUCCCCCGCACAAUCAUUACCGCCCCUGACUGGGGAUGGAGACUCAGUUCACGAAGUGUUCCGCAAACAGUCCGCGAAGAUUGAAGAACUAGAAAAAGAAAACAAGCGCUUGGAGAAGGAUUUGUCGGAUGCGACGACGCGCUGGCGCAAGACGGAGGAGCAGGUGGAAGAUUUGCGCGAGGCGAGUGUUGACGGUGCGGAGCUGAAGGAGCAGUUGAAGAAGGCCGAAGAGCAGGUCGCAAGUAUUGAGUCAUUGAAGGACGAAAUUGCUUCUCUCCAGCGACAAAACUCACAACUGCAAACGCGCUCACAUCGGAACACAAGUGCUACAGAGUCACCACCAGUCGACCUGGUCCGCCAGCUCGAGUCUAAAUCGGCCACUAUUGAAUCAAUGGAACUAGAGAUCUCGAACCUGCGCGCUCAGGUCACUUCUCAGACGUCCUCUAACGUUGCGCACGAAGCACAGGUCGCAGCACUGGAAGAGAAAGCCUCGAAGAGCCAGUCGGAACUAGAACGGUCACAACGCGAACUGGCAGACACAAAGCAGGCAUUGACACGGGCAUCCGAGAAAGCAGUCAAGGAAGGUGUCGACAAGACAUCCACAGAAACCUUGAUAAGGUCUCUUCAGCGCGAGAUCGAGGACCACAAGAACGAAAAGGUCGAGUCAGAGAAGAAGAUCGAGGUACUGGAAAACAAGCUACAAGCCAUAGGCAAGCUCCACAAAGAAACCGAAGCCCGACACCAGACACGACUCCGCGAGAGCGAGAAAUCCGAGAAAGACAUCGCCGUCAUGCGCAAAAAGAUCGCCAGCAUAGAAAACGAGAACCUCCGCCUACGCGAAGAAAGCGAUCGCAUCCGCACCCGCCAAGCAGGUGGCGGCGCCGACGAUGACGCCUUAGAUGAACUUGAAGACGAGGAACGCCAGCGUCUCGAGCGCCGCAUCCGCGAGCUGGAAGGCGAGGUCUUCGAUUUGCGCCGUGGCGUCUGGCAAGAAAAGCGCCAGGAAAUGGAAUACUAUCCAGAUGAUGGGCCAAGCCCUGCCUCCGGCGAUGCAGCCAACGCAUUCGAUGACGUCGAUCUUGUUGGCGGACGGCCUGAACAUGCCCGCCGUCGCAGCAUGGGCCAACAGCAGCAGCACUCGUCUUUCUCGACGGUUCUGUCUAGUGGCUUCGCUGCCUUUACGGGGGCUGGUGGGAACCGUGCUCGUGCUUCGUCGUCUAACCCGCCCCAUCCGCCUGGUACUAGGGGAAGUCUUGAGCUCGUUUCUGAGGAGAAUCUUGAUGACGAAUUUGAUGAGAGCGCGUUCGCACUAGCGCAGGCCGAAGAGGAGGGUCGAAAGCGUGUUGCCUGGAUGCGUGAUAUCAAGAGCAAGCUUCGCGACUGGAACGGCUGGCGCCUGGACCUGGUGGAUAGUCGUGCUGGCGCGGAGGGUGCUGGCGUUGGCAUGGGCGAGAUUUUCGAAGUCUAG